UUGUGGGCGAGUAGAAAUUAAUGUAACACGUAUGAUUUUCAAGAAUCUGCUGCAGCUCAGUGUAAAAAUUACUGAUACGAAAAGCAAAUACGCCGACAAAAGCCACGAACUUAUAAAAAGCAGAAUGAACAAGUGUAUAUGUCAAUUUGUCACUAAAUAGAAUGGGUGGUUGUCCAGGUUUAAAGCUGUAAGAAGAUCAUCAUGAACCUAGACAGCCUGCGGAAGCGCGUCCGGCAGUAUAUUGACCAGCAACAGUAUCAGAGUGCUUUGUUUUGGGCUGAUAAAGUUGCAUCAUUAUCUCAUGAAGAUCCCCAGGAUAUUUAUUGGCUUGCUCAGUGCCUUUAUCUCACAUCACAAUACCACAGAGCUGCACAUGCCCUGCGUUCCCGCAAACUAGAUAAGUUGUUUGAAGCCUGUCAAUAUCUUGCUGCAAGAUGUCAUUAUGCAGCAAAAGAAUACCAACAAGCCCUUGAUAUACUUGACAUGGAAGAGCCUAUUAACAAGAAACUUUUUGAUAAGAAUUCAAACGAAGACAGUGGUAUUAAGGAUGUAUCAAAAGACUGGGGAAUGCCACUUUCUUCAAUCAAGAGCUCUAUUUGCCUUUUACGUGGUAAAAUCUAUGAAGCCAUGGAUAACAGACCCUUGGCAACAUCCAGUUACAAAGAGGCCUUGAAGCUUGAUGUAUAUUGCUUUGAAGCAUUUGACCUUUUAACAUCUCACCACAUGCUGACUGCCCAAGAAGAAAAAGAUUUUCUUGGUUCUUUGCCCUUUUCUCAGCAAUGUACAGAAGAAGAACAAGAAUUACUCCUGUUCCUAUUUGAGAGUAAGCUAAAAAAGUACAACAAACCAAGUGAAAUUGUGAUUCCAGAAGCAAUUGAUGGCCUUCAGGACAACUUGGACGUAGUCGUUUCUUUAGCAGAAAGGCAUUAUUAUAACUGUGAUUUUAAGAAGUGUUACAAAUUAACAUCCAUGGUAAUAGAAAAAGACCCUUUUCAUGCAUAUUGUCUACCUGUUUACAUAGGAACACUAGUUGAGUUAAGCAAAGCAAAUGAACUGUUUUAUCUUUCUCAUAAAUUAGUGGACCUGUACCCUAACAGUCCGGUAUCAUGGUUUGCUGUAGGAUGCUAUUACCUCAUGGUCGGACACAAGAAUGAACAUGCAAGAAGAUACCUUGGCAAAGCAACAAAUCUAGAAAAGACAUAUGGACCAGCAUGGAUUGCUUACGGCCACUCGUUUGCCGUUGAAAGUGAACAUGAUCAAGCAAUGGCUGCAUAUUUUACAGCUGCGCAGUUAAUGAAAGGAUGUCAUCUACCAAUGUUGUAUAUUGGUCUUGAAUAUGGGCUGACUAAUAAUUCUAAGCUUGCAGAAAGAUUUUUCAGUCAGGCACUUAGUAUUGCCCCUGAGGAUCCAUUCGUAAUGCAUGAAAUGGGAGUAGUAGCUUAUCAAAAUGGAGACUGGAAGACUGCUGAGAAGUGGUUUCUUGAUGCGAUGGAUAAGAUAAAAGCCAUUGGCAGUGAGGUCACUGUAGACAAGUGGGAACCUUUACUGAAUAACCUUGGUCAUGUGUGUCGAAAGCUCAAGAAGUAUGAGCAAGCUCUCGAGUACCACAGACAGGCACUUGUGCUGAUUCCCCAGCAAGCGUCUACCUAUUCAGCUAUAGGAUAUGUCCACAGCCUUAUGGGAGACUUUGAAAGUGCAAUUGAUUAUUUCCAUACUGCCCUAGGUCUUAGAAGAGAUGACACUUUCUCCGUUACGAUGCUAGGACAUUGUAUAGAAAUGUACAUUGGUGAUGCAGAUGCUUACAUAGGCACAGAUGUAAAGGACAAGUUACGGAGCUCCCUGAACACCCCAGCACUAAUGAAAAUGCUCACAAAACAAGUUGACACAACUGAGUUUCAAACACAGUCUCUACAAGAAAGUGGUAUUUCAGCAAUAGACCCUGUAAACACUGAAAAAUCAAAUGAUGCUACACAAGUACUUAAUGAAACGUUUGACUUUGAAAUGUAUGAAAAUGACAUGAUGUUUGAAGCCUCAAUGUCUGACACCAGUACAUGAUAAGUCCAGUCUAGCAAUUGCUUAAGUGAGAUAGUUAUUUUCUAAUUAAUGGUUUCAAAAGUGUACGAUGAAUUACAAAGUGAGAUUGCAGAGUGGCUUUGUUUUAACAAUCUUUAAAUCUCUUGACAAUGAAAUCAUCCAUGUAUAUUCCUUACCUGUGGAUUUUUGCAUAAUAAAUAAAAUAAGCUCAUAUGAACUUAAAUAAUAGAAUGUGAAGUGCUAUUAACCUUUUCAAUAGCCUUUUAUAUUUACAAUUUCACACAUUAUGCUUUUAUAAAAAAAAAAAGUGUUUUUUAUUUUGUACUUGAAUAUAAAAUUUCCAAACAGAUUUUUUUUAAAGAAUUUUAAUUGUAUCGGUGUUUUAAACAAAUAACUUUAAUUUAACAAGACUUUGAGAUCUGCUUGUUUAUUUUUGAGUUAAAAUAAAAGAUUCUUAGUGUCAAAA